UAAACCAAUAAUUCACACUCUCAAUCCUCUUAAUCUUUCAUUUGCAAGUAACUUCAUAAUCUCAUAGAAUUCUAAAAUGGCAAACCAAAUUUUGGUAUUGACAGUCCUAGCCAUGACAUGUACUCUGGUCAUUGCCUUUGAGCCUAGUCCACUGCAAGAUUUCUGCGUAGCUGACACUACUAGCUCAGUACCAAGAGUAAAUGGCCUACCUUGCUUAGACUCCAAGUUAGCACAACCUGACCAUUUCUUCUUCGGAGGGCUUCACCUUGCCGGAAACACCUCAAACCCUCUUGGAGUUAAAAUCACUUCAGUCAAUGUGGCUCAAAUUCCAGGACUCAACACCCUCGGCAUCUCACUUGCUCGUAUUGACUAUGCACCGUGGGGCGUUACCCCUCCUCACACUCAUCCUCGUGCCACUGAAAUUCUAACAGUCUUGGAAGGCAGUGUUGCUGUUGGGUUUGUGACCUCUAACCCCGACAACAAGCUCAUCUCUAAGGUGCUCAACAAGGGUGAUGUGUUUGUUUUCCCUGUUGGACUAGUUCACUACCAGCAAAAUGUGGGUAAUGGAACUGCCGUUUCACUCUCUUCUCUGAGCAGCCAAAACCCUGGAGUCAUCACUAUUGCUAAUUCAGUUUUUGGAGCGAAUCCCUCAAUUUCGGAUGAUGUUCUAGCCAAGGCUUUUCAGGUGGACAAAUCCAUAAUUAGUACUCUUCAAGCAAAAUUUUAGAUGAUUUUGUAGAAAAGAGUUUCGGGUUUGUAUCGGUAUGCAGUACUAGCCUUCUGUUUAUCUCACUGAUUUGCUUUCUUGAGUUAGAACUUAGAUUAGUAAUAGUGAGUACCCAAAUCUCCUUGAAAAUGUUUGUACUUGUACUUUAAAGUAGUCCUCAAUGUCAUAUUUUAUCUGGAUCUUGAUAUAAAUCGUCUCUUUCUUUCCAAGUUUACUAAAAA